UAUCAAAAUAGAGUUGCGGAUUGCAUCAAUCUGUCCCGCUCUUGCGGCAGCCUGGGGAAAGAGGAGGGGGGAGACUUAGUAGCAGGUCCAGCUUGUUGGAAGGAGGCGCUUUAAGGUACUGAAAUCCUCAGUAGGUCAACUAUGCGAUUCGGGCGGAGACGUAUGUGAGAUUGAAUGGAGGAGCAUUUUUGAGCCAGGCAGAUCUGUGAGGAAGGGAUUUUUUGGCUCCUCCCAUCUGAGUUAGUGAUGUUUUGGUCAGCUAAAAGCAACCCAGCUGGGAAAUAGCAAGGGAGAGAGAGAAAAAAGAGAAAGGAGGCCCUGAAGGAGGAAGCUGGCAAAAUGAGGGAAUCCUGUCGAAUUUGUGGUCGCGAACUUUGUGGCAAUCAGAGGCGCUGGAUCUUCCACCCUGCUGCUAAACUAAAUUUGCAGGUUUUGCUCUCGCAUGUUCUGGGCAAGGAGAUCUCUCGAGAUGGCAAAAACGAGUUUAUCUGCAGCAAGUGUGCCUUUAUGCUGGAGCGCAUAUAUCGCUUUGAUACUGUUAUUGCGCGCAUCGAAGCGUUGUCAAUUGAGCGGUUGCAGAAGCUGAUGCUAGAAAAGGACCGCCUCAAGCUGUGUAUCGCUGGAAUAUACGGGAAGAACAAUGACGAGCCCACCGACGAGACGACGGACGUCUCCAGCCUGCCGGAUCUGCGCUACUCUGCUCUCCUCCAGGAAGACUUCGCUUAUUCAGGGCUUGAAUCCUGGACAGAGCCCGAGGAACGAGUUGGAGAUCCACAAGCGUGUCACGCUGCAGAAAGCCGUCCUAGGCGAUGUCGGGGUUGCGCUGUGCUCCGCGUUACUGAUGCUGAUUAUGAGGCAAUUUGCAAAAUCCCACGAAAGGUGGCAAGAAAUCUCUCCUGUGGAUCAUCCAGGUGUUCUGCCAACGUUUGUAGUGAAGACUUACUUAUAUGUGAGCCAGUAAUUACUGACUUGUUAAGCGUCAAGGCGCCUUUGGAUGAAAAAAGCGUGGAAGGGGAUACUCCCGAAUCGUCCCUUGAGUCGUUGGAUGCAAACGCUGGUGCAUUACAUCCAAAAGAGGAGGAAACGGACACAGAGGCAAAGAGAAGCGCGAUGUGUAACUGUAUAAAUGAUUGUGGGGCUCAAAGCUUGUCAUUUCAGGGCAACAGGUUAGAGGUAGCCCUUAAUUUGGUGAAAGCUUUUGACUGCAAGCCAGUCCAGAGUCCCAGAGGGAGCAAGUUACCUAUUCCUGUAAAAUCAAGUUCUCAUUGCCAGAGCCUGGAUAAAAACUCUUCUUCUGGCUUCCCAGAUGUGCUGAAAUCUCAACCUGGCUUUGCCUUAGCUUUUCCCUUGGAGAUGUCCGAUCUUCAGGAAUUGUGGGAAGACUUAUGUAUGGAUUAUGUUCCACUUCAAACUAAGAAUAUGUUUGAGGCUAAUCAGCAGCUAACUUACUGCAACAUGUCAUUUAGUAAAGAGGAAACUGUAUUAAAUGAUACAGAAGGUAUGGAGAAAAUCAGCUCUUUAAAGGCUAUGAAUAAGCAGCUCCAAGAAAAAGUGAAUGAAAUGGAUUUUGAAUUGAAAUCUGUCCAGCAUACAUCCAAGAAACAGGAUCACCUAACCCAGAAAUUGAAAGAGACAUUGAAGAGCAAGGAAAAUGAGUGUGAAGAACUAAAUCAUAUAAUUCAUAACCAGAAUGAGAAAAUAGCCAAACUGCAAGAUGUGCUACAUAAGAAUCAGCUUGGGCAAUUACAGAACUUAGAGGGCUUACAACAGAAACAAAAGGUAGCAUUUCUUGAUAUACAGAAUGCCCUUUUCUUCAGUCAGUUGGAAAUACAACAAUUGAAAUAUGCCCAGCAGCAAAAGGAUCGCAAGUUGGCUGAGGCUAAAAGGACCAGCCACUUUCUAGAGACAGCAUUGCAAGAAGAACAACUACAAAAAGAAGCAGCUUGGAGACAUAAUAAGGAAUUCUUUGCUACUCUUCAGCAGUUAAAAACAAAUCUACAGAACAAGAACAUGCAAUGUUAUACUUUAGAAAAGGGAACAUUGUUGAGGAUGCACAGACAAGACCAGAAAAUUAAGGAUUUGACAUACAGUCUAGCUUGCAAAGAACGGCUUCUACAGGAAUCUAAGGAUCUCUUUGCGUACCAUCAGGAUUUGGACAAAAAUUCUACAACAGCUGAUAAAAUGGUACAGAAAUUGCAGCAACUAAUUAAAGACAAAGAUGCUGCCCUGGAGCAAGCAGUAGGGGAGAAGUUCUCUGCACUGGAAGAUAAAGAACAGGAAAUGAACCAGCUUUAUUUGUCCAUAAAAGAACAAAAUCGUGAUCUGAAAGGUCUACACCAAGUUAUUUCCGGCAACAAAGCUACUAUCCAGUGUCUAGAGAGCUUGCUGAAAGCCAAGGACCUGGAACUGGAGAAGCUGUUAGCAGCAAACCAGAAUUUGCAAUGGCUGAUCAAGAAUAUAGAAGCAAAAUCUCAGAAGUGGCAAUCUGAACAAGAAGGAUUUAUCCAGAAGCUUCAUGACAGAAACAAAGAAGUAGAGACCCUUUCAGCAACACUGCUCUGCAAUCUGGAGCCUGGACAGAGGGACAUCGUGGAAGCCCUGCACCUUCACCUUCAGCAAAAAGAUCAGAUCAUAAAAGAAUUCCUAAGGGACAAGAGCCGGCAAGUUGUAGACCCAGUGGUUGAGCUUGAGGAGUUACUUCAAGCAUGGAACACUAGAGAACAGCAAAGUUAUAUAUAUUCCAAGAAGAUCGCACAGGUUCUUUUAGAGAAGAAUUCUGAGCUGCUAAUCCUGAAUCAGCAACUGAUUAGCCAAAUUCUUCAUCAGAAUACGGAGUCUUCUAUUGUUCAGUUUGUACAAGAGGGCUCUACUGAAGCACCAAGGCAAGAAGAUUUUAGCAUGAACAUCCCAGCCAUGAUUUCUAACAGAGAUGGCAGUAAACCCAGGAGAGAUAAAGAUGAUUUGCAAACAACUGCUAGACUUGAGAGGGAGCUUACUAAAGCAAAAGAGAAGCUUGAAUUGUUGACACAAAAAGAAAGAGAAAGCACACUAAAACUCUCUGCUCUUCAGUCUGUGGUGGCUUCCCAAGAGGAGGCGUUGCAAGUUCAAUCCUCUGAUAUUGAAUCUCUUACUAGAAGUACCCAGAUCAAAGAAGAACUAAUUAAGGACUUGCAGAUGCAAUUGAUUGACCCUGAAGAAAUACCAGCAAUUGAACGACUUACUCAAGAAGUUUUGAUGCUUCAGGAAAAGGUAGCAAAAAUGAAAUCACAGGGACAGGAAGCCAUAGGAAACAAGAGGCAGCAGCUACUGGUGAUGUUGGAGGGCAUAAUAGCAGAGAAGAAGAAGCUGAAUGAAACUCUGAACGUAGAAAAGCAACUCUAUUGCAGUUUGGUGAAGUGUCAUGCUCAUCCUGACAGACAAGAACAGAUCCUUCAACUAGAACUAGAAAAGAUCCAGGCACUCAGUGGACAGCUAGAAGAGGUCCUUGGAAGAAGCCAGGAGCGCCUGAGCAGACUGGAAUCAUUGGACAUCAUAGGAGAUCUAACUACAGCUGAUGACACUAAAGAUACCAGCACUGAGUUUACAGAUAGUAUUGAAGAGGAAGUACAGCAUUGCUCUCACCUACAGAAUGUUAAGGGAGAUAUUGAUGAUAGUUUGAUGAGCCAUUCCAGUUAUCCUGCUUUACUGACUUUGAAGAGUGAAGGCAACCAGCAAGUGAUGCUACAGUCUCCAAAAUCUAUGGUUCAGCAUGUUCUAGAAGAGAAAAGGAAACUGGAAGAAGAGCUACAAGUCUUUAAAGAGCAGAUUGAGGAAGCUGGGUUUUCUUCGAUAUCUCAGCUAAGGAAGGCCCUGCUUAGUCUUUGUCUCGAGAAUGCAGAACUCAAGGAACAAAUUGGAGAAGCAAAGUUGUCAGAGAUUUGGGAGAAAGAAGAUGAAAAGGAAGAUAAAGAGGACUUGAGGAGGGAUAUCAAGAAACUGCAAGAGAAACUGCACACUUCAGAGAUUGUGAUUGGCCUCCUUAAAGAACAAUUGAAUCUAAAAAACCAAGGAUGCAAAGGCACCACAAUUCACCAAAUGACAGCUAGCACAGCUCUGAUUAAUGAACAAGAGCAGUGCACUUGCCAAGCUCACCAUGACCAUUCACCAUUGUUGCACUGCCCACCCAAUCAAAUUAUGGGCAGCCCAGAAGAAACCCAGGCUGAAGAAGGCAGAGUAUCAAGUGGUUUUGUCCAGAAGUCCAAACAACCCCAAUGCAAGCAACAGUGUCACAAAUUACAAGAGAGACUCUUGGUGUCAGAAGCCAUCAUCCAGGCACAGAUAGCCCAGCUCAAACAAUUAAAAGCCCUACUCAGUGAACCUAUGGUACAGCAGGAUAACAAGCAGAUGCAGAUGGAUAUUCAAGACCUGGGCUAUGAAACCUGUGGCAGAAGUGAAAAUGAGGCUGACAGGGACGAGACUACAAGCCCUGAAUGCAGAGAUCAUGAUGAGCAACUAAACUUUUGGAAGAAAUCACCGGAGUCCCCUCUAAACAGAUUGGUGAAACAGGAAGCAUUCCUGGGUGUCAGCCAAGUUGAUGAUGCUCCAGUUCUCCGCCAGCAUAUUCAGGCCCUUCAGAUGCAAUUGCAAAGUUUCCACGAAGUUAUUCAGAACUUACAAAGUUGUGUGCAUUCUGUAUCCACUACCAGUGACUAUGGUUCUGUGGGAGAUCAGCCACUCCAAUUGAAGCAAGGCUACACUCUGGGCAAUUCACCUUCCCACAGUAUGAUUUUUGAAGAUGAAGGCUGGCAAUUUGAUAGCUUUGGAACUUUCAGCCCACCAAAUCUCCACCCCAACAAAGAUUUGGCCAGACUUAUACAGAGAGUGUCCCUGUUGGAAGCUCAUCUGAAUGAGACUAAGCCAAAGGAAUUUUUGCCAGAGGAAUUGAAACGUACAGCCUCCUUGGGGAAAUAUGACUCAUUAGUCCAAACUCAGGCUCGGGAGCUUUCCCAUCUGCGCCAGCUGAUGCGAGAGGGACAAGGGGUGUCUCAUAUGCUAAACAAAUACUUCAAGGACACCAUCAAAUCCUUUGAAGAGCUUCUACGAGGCACUGACAUUGACUACUACUUGGGUCAGAGCUUCCGUGAGCAACUUGCAGAAGGGAACCAAUUGGCAGACCGAUUGGCCAGAAAACUGAACCAGGGGAAUGAUCUAAACAUGGAGGAUAAAACAAGUCAUGAAUUGCUUAUGAGGAUAAACAAGGAGCUCCAGAAAGAACAAUCCAUCAAGAUUCUCCAAGCAAAACUGCAAGGGCGCUCAGUGACCCCUUCCAGUAGCCAUAUUAUCUCUGAGUCACCCUGCUCUCAUAGCAACAUCUCCUUCCUCUCUGAUGGCCCAGAGGUCUGCUCUGAUGUGGAUGCCUUUAGUGAAAAUAAUAUAAGUGAAGGCCAAGUCUACAGUGUUCUAAACAAAGGCAUUUAUGAUGACUCCUUGUCCAAGCCAACAGGUUUGCUUUUGGCUUCACUGGACUCAAAACCAUCCUCCUGCGUGUCUUUUGGACCCCCAUCUUCAUGCUCAAGGCCCCUGCUUGGCUGCUGCAGAAUACCAGCCUUCUCCCUGACUGAAGCACAGCAGGAGUUGCAGAUGCUACAGAAGCAACUUGGAGAAAGUGGCAAAAUUAUCUCUUCCAAAAACAGCCGUCAUGCUUGCCACCCUGUUCCUCACUUAUUUCAUGUAGAAAAUACUGCUGAUUGGAAGACUAAAUUCAAAGAACAAUUGGAGGAAAGCUGCAUCCCUCCAUGUACUCAUUCAUUCAGCCAGCUUCACGAGGGACUUGCCUCUGCAUCAUGUUGCCCACCCACCCUUCCUACACAUAAACCCUCACAGUUGGAGCACCUGCAGAAGGCUCUGCUUGAGUCACAUUCAAAACUCCAUGAUGGCAAGUUGAAGCUGGAAUGGCAGCGGAUUGAGCAGCAGCAACUACAGGAAGACAUUCAGAACAAGCAGCAAGAUCUUGCACUGCUUCAAAAGGAGGUCAUAGCUUUACAGAUGAACAAUUCCAGGCUUCAACAUAGAAUGAUAAUGCUUCAGCAGCAGUGUGAAGAAAACAGAGUGCUCUUCCAGACCCAGCAGCCUGAAUUAUGUGUCUAUGAAGCACAGCAUGGACCACUGCAGAAGACAGUCUCUGGGGAGCAUAAAUUGCUGCUGACAGAAGAUGACAAAAAGCAAGGAAUUCAUGUCAUAGGAUACCUUCAGGACUAUAAUACUCUUAAGAAACAGAUUUUGGAUGCCAAGACUCGAAUCCACCAAAUGGCAUCACUUCUGCAGUCUGACCUGAAACUACAGGACAACAUGAUUUUCUGCCAAGAAAACACUAGGAAAUUACUCGUCCAUACCAGCACUUUGCAUCAGAUCCUGGAGAAUUCCACUUCCCUCCUUGCAAUGUUUUGGAGAGCAUCAUCUCCCAUGCCUCUCAGCUCAGCUCAAAUAAAGCAACCCACAAAGGAUCAGACAGUAGCUGAAGAAAUCCAAAUACUCAGAGCCAAAUUGGCUGAGCAAGAGGAUCAUGUGCAGAGUGCUAACCAUAUCAAAGGAAGUGUGGAGAACUUCAUUCUCACUCACUUGACUGGAACAUACAAAGUGCUGAAGAAAGCAAGAAUCAACCUGGAGGGGAUGUCCCAGCAGCCUAAAUCCAUUUCUUCCAUUGGCCAGUGAAGAAACGGGUUCAUCCACACGAUCAGAAAUAUGGAGAAAGAAAAAUAGAUUCAACAUUCACUCCUAACCCAUCUAGGUUUUUUCAAAUCAUCUCUUCAUAUGCUCUGCUCCUAGACUCAGUGAGAAAUUUAUUUGGAAAUGCUCCAGACAUUAGUGCAAUGCAAUACCUGGACGAAAGUUAUAUAUAUAUCAGGUAUACAAAUACCAGUGGAGACUAGACUGUAGUCAAAAUGCUAUUGCAAGAGAAAAGGAGACUGUAAGAAUGACAUCUCAGAGGUGUCCUAGUCUUAGUGUUUGAUUCUUUGGAGUAUGGUGCAAGAAUGUGCAUGCUAUUAGGAUUAGGAAAUUGAUACAUCAUGCAUUAUCAUUAUUAUUAUAGUUGGUUAUACAGUCAGCCAGAUGUUUAGAUUGGAUUUGGCAUUUUCCUCCAACUAUCAAGUCCUUUCCAAGGACAAGGAAAUCAGAUGUAAUUGUUUCAUGGUAUUAAAUAUCAUUGCAGGAUGAAAGCUCUUCCCAGCUCUUUUGCAACUGAGUAAUGGUGACUUGGUCAGUGUUGAUGCUGCAGGUGUUUCAAAUUGAGUCCAAUUAUUGUAACAACCUUGCUCUUGGCAAGGGUGACCUUGACAGUAAGACCUGACAAUAAGAUCCACCUAUUUGAUGUUUUUAUAUAUAUGAAUUCCCAUAUUUUAAAAAAAAUCCUAUCUGCAAUUUACAGGUGUUGGAAAUUGGCUCAUAAAUAGCACCAUUUUUUUCUUAUUCUCAGUAUAAACAGGCCUGUACUGCCUAAAGAAGCCUUUUAUAUGAUUGCAAACCACUGCCAUUCUCUUGCCAUUUCAAGUACCUUUCAAGAUGAGUUUUAGGCCUGAAAUUAGCUUGGAGGCCUUGAAAGAUGACCUAUUCUAGAAGAGGGAAUCCCUGUGAAACACAGCUUUUAAAGCCAUCAGUGAUGGUAUUUUCUUCUAAGCUGUUUAAAUUAAGAAUUGGGGACUUUUUUUGACAGUAGCUUUAUUUGGAUGAGAGUAGAAAGAGUAGAAAGUCUGGAGAACUAAGAUUUACUCCUUCAUAUUUAUGUUAUAUGUUUAUACAACAAUAAACCUGAUGUGACCUAUU